AAAACGUUGGCCAACCGACAGUGUCGCGAGUGCCUGAUCGACCAAUCAGCGGCUUGAUGCCAAGUGGCCGUGCGUGCUUCAGGGGUGGCGUUGUGAGGCUCGUUUCUUCAGGGGGAGAAUACAGUGUGUUGUUUCCAAGAUGCAGUUCAUGCUCCUGUUCAGUCGACAAGGCAAGCUCAGGCUCCAGAAGUGGUACGUGCCUUUGUGUGAUAAGGAGAAAAAAAAGAUCACCAGAGAGUUGGUGCAGACCGUCUUGGCUCGGAAGCCCAAGAUGUGCAGCUUUCUGGAGUGGAGAGACCUCAAGAUUGUAUAUAAGAGAUAUGCCAGCCUUUACUUCUGCUGUGCCAUAGAAGACCAGGACAAUGAGCUCAUCACACUGGAGAUCAUCCACAGAUACGUGGAGCUGCUGGAUAAAUACUUUGGCAGUGUUUGCGAGCUGGACAUUAUUUUCAACUUUGAGAAGGCUUACUUCAUCCUGGACGAGUUCCUGCUGGGUGGGGAAGCUCAGGAGACGUCCAAAAAGAACGUAUUGAAGGCCAUUGAGCAGGCUGACUUGCUACAGGAGGAUGCCAAAGAUGCAGAGACCCCGCGCAGUGUGCUGGAGGAAAUUGGACUGACAUAAACAUGCUCCUCCUCCUCCUCCUCCUCCUCAUCAUCAUCAUCACCAUCUUCCACUUGCCACAAACUCCUUCAUCUGCCAGCUACUCUGCUGUAUGUAGCUGAUAACAACUCCAGUUCACCUUUGAGCACACUCAAUCUCACAGUCGUACACACACACACACACACACACACACACACACACACACACACACACACACACACACACACACACACUGUGUUACACAACUCUGCCUUUGUUUUCUACUUUCUUUCUGAGACAAACAAUGUAGCACUGUUUUGGUAUUUCCUACCGAGUUAUUUAUUUAUUUGUGUGUGUGAUGACGUUAACUGUUACCAAGGAAAACAGGAAGACCGCAUCAUUAUUAAGGUUUUUUUCUUUAUGUUUUUGCUGGUUUUGAGUCCACGCAAAGAUGCUGAACUGAGUGAACUGCUUGUUUUUCGAAUUGACCAAAGCUGAUGAGAUCACAGUAUUCUGUGAAGUAUAUUUAGUGAACUUUAACGAGCUGUAUUACAAAUGUGUUCUACAAACGUUACAGAAUAGAAUAUAUAAUAAAGGGAACUCAAAAGUAUUACAUUAAUAACACCAAAGAGGUUAAUGGCAGGAUCCCACUUAAUGUUGAAUGCCUUAAAUGCUGGAGGAUGUCCACUCAUUUUAAAUGUAGUGGCUAAAUACACUGGGUUUAUUCUAUUUAUGUAGUGUUUGGAAGACCUAAAUCACUUUUUUCUCUUUGUGUGUACUAUUGUGCUUCUUUAGAAAUGUAUCUGGGAUUGAAGUAUUUUACUAAAACAAAGAUAAACCUGUCUUUUAAAACAAAAGUCAGUGCUGUCUAGGCUAAAUUAAAGGUGUUAAUGGUAACAUGCUAAUGUAGCAUGUGAUCUCCCCUCUUCCCCCCUUGUGUUCAUGCCACAACAAAGCUGUUGUUCCAAUUAUCUGCCUCCUCAAGUGGCUCCUCAAGGAUAUUGCUCUACUUAACCUCGCUAACUCUAGCUGGCUAAUGCUAGGUAAAGCUAAGGCAGUACAAGUAGCUAGAAAAACACAGAGAUAAACAAAACAAUCCCCAAAAAAGCUCUGUGGAUGUAUUGUUUUUAAAGCAUGAUUUGUCUACAUAAAAUAUCAUCAGUGUGACCCUUAAAGAGACAGGAUGUUGCACCUAAAGCUGCAUCAAUCAUUUUUUGUUCACAAGAUGGCAGAAAAACGGACAAACACACUGCUAUUAAAAUUUAUCACACUGUUAUGACCACCACAUUAGCAAACAGUCAACUCCUCACGCAUCAUUAUCAUCUCAUCUCCACCUGCAGAAGUGUUCGAUUCCCGCUCCGUUAGCUGCUGGUUGUGACUCCAUCGACAUCUGAGAAACAUUCGGAUCUUAGCGAAAUGUGUGAAGUCACGCCUUUCAAUUAAUCUGGUAUAAAAAUUAUAGGUGCAAUAUGUAAGAACUGGCCAUUAGCUGAAUUCCUACUCAGAACAAACGGAGGGCUACAUAUCACUGUAGUAGCCGCUAACUGCUGCUUAAUGUAGCUGCCGUUACCUAUUUAGCUCAGUUAGCAAUGCAGCUAGUGGUCUGGAAUGUAAGCUCUGAGGACAAGGACUACCUAGGCUAGCUGGUUAGCACGCUAACUUAAAAUAUCUCUGUAACACAAUACAUAGACAUCAUAUAACAAAACUGUUAUUCCUUCACGUUGUGUUUGUAAUUACAUAUUUAAACAUUUCAUCUUAAAUUCUUACAUAUUGCACCUGAAAUAUACUGAUACAUGCAGCUAUAACUGUAGAUCAGAAAUUCAUUGAAAUCCAUUGUAAUAUGUGUGAUUUGAGUUAAGAAUGAAGGAGAUGUGAUAUUAUUUUGGAGACAGAUAAAGCAGGAGCGCUCUCUUUCUUUGUAUAUAGUCUGUAGUAAACAGUGUUGAUAUCUAGUAACAAACCAGUGCUAAUCAUUGUGACAAUUUAGACCAGAGGCACUUCCACCAGAGUAUUUACAGCAACACAGUUUACUCUUUUAAAGCCGGCUCACUGUCUAACCCACACUGAUGGUGUUUUAAUAUUAAAAACAAGGAAGAUUUGGCCUUUGUAAACUUCCUAUUUACUACUGUGACUGGAAAAAAAAAAGACUAAAUAGCAAUAGUGUCAUAAACCGUAGCAGAGUAUUAACAUUUUUAAGUCGUUUCCAGACCGACA